UCUUCUUCAAAUUCCCAACAAAGUCCGGCCAUUAAUGGCGGCGUGGUGAUGGUGGGUUUCAUCGGCCGAAGACGACCCUCCAUAGCCACCCAUCUGAUAAACCGGAUUUUGGACUCCCACGUCUUCGGCAACAAUCUCGACACCAAUCUCAUCUCCGACAAACAAGAGGACUGGUUCAAGUGGAGGAGAAUUAGUUAUUUCCAUCAACGCCAAAUGGGCAUUCUCUUCUUGCACUUCUCUUCGGUUCUCUGCCCUGGAUUUGAUGAUGGGUUUGGUUCCGCCAUGGAAGACGACCACGACUUUGGGGACCUCCAAGGCCUCUUGUUCAUGUUCUCUCCCGAGUUAUUUGCCGGCGAUCACGACAAUGAGCUCGCAACAUCGCCAGCGGAAAGACGCGAUUAAGGUUUCAGAAAACGGAGCUGAGUCGGCGAAGACGACGAUGAAGAUGAAGAGGCCGAGAUUGGUGAGGUGCAAAUAUAACAACUCCUCAGUGUUGUCAAAGUUGGUUCAAGUUGGGCUGAUCCUUAAUCUAACCAUUGUAACCUAGCUCAUAAGGCCCAUAACCACCAGCCGACAAUAGACCAGGCCUUAAACAACCGACAAUCUAAUGGAGAU